GUAAAGUUAGUACUGACGCACAGACACCCUCUUCUUCUCACCCUUCAGUACCUCUCUCUCUCUCUCUCAUGGCUUGUUGGCCAAAUACACACUAGCCGUUAAUUUAUCGGCCGCUGGUUAAUCGCCGUUUUACAACUUAUUCUGUGGCCGGAAAAUUCAAACUCCAUGUUCCUUAGUUCUUGCUAAUUUACCUUUGAGGUCCUGUUGUAUGUAUUAUACUCGUACCUGCUUUUUAUAGUUUGUUUUUUAUUGGAGAUCUCAAGUUGAGAGGGAAAGAGAGAGAUGUACGUGGUUCCUCCUCCAAAGCGCUCCGAUCUGGUAUCCGGUUCAACGAUCGCAUCGGAUGGUUUACGGAUUUACCAGAUAUGGAAAGGCAGCAAUAUAUUUUUUUUCCAGGGAAGGUUUAUAUUUGGACCAGAUGUAAGAUCACUGGUGCUGACCAUAUUUCUUAUUGUUGCUCCGGUCACUAUUUUCUGCGUCUUCGUUGCUAGAAAACUUAUGAAUGAUUUUUCUCACCACUUGGGGAAAUCCAUAAUGGUUGUAGCUGUUGCAUUCACAUUUUACGUUUUAGUUCUUCUCCUGCUAACCUCUGGAAGAGAUCCUGGUAUAAUUCCUCGUAAUGCACACCCUCCAGAACCAGAUGGCUAUGAUGGGACUGCAGAAGGUGGUGGGCAAACUCCACAGUUACGCCUUCCUCGCAUGAAAGAAGUAGAAGUUAAUGGGAUUACCGUGAAGAUUAAAUAUUGCGAUACGUGCAUGCUUUACCGACCACCUCGCUGCUCACACUGUUCAAUUUGCAAUAAUUGUGUUGAACGAUUUGACCACCAUUGCCCAUGGGUUGGUCAGUGUAUUGGGCUGAGAAAUUAUCGGUUUUUCUUCAUGUUUGUAUUCUCGACGACUCUUCUCUGUAUAUAUGUUUUUAGUUUCUGUUGGGUCUACAUUAAGAGGAUCAUGGAUUCCGAGGAGACAACAAUAUGGAAAGCAAUGAUCAAGACCCCUGCCUCCAUUGUCCUAAUAGUUUAUACCUUCAUAUCAGUGUGGUUUGUUGGUGGCCUUACUGCUUUCCAUUUAUAUCUCAUCAGUACAAAUCAGACAACUUAUGAGAACUUCAGAUAUCGAUAUGAUCGGCGAGCCAACCCUUAUAAUAAAGGAGUGGUGCAGAACUUCAAGGAGAUAUUUUGCACUGGCAUCCCUCAAUCCAAGAACAAGUUCAGGGCAAAGGUACCAAGGGAACCUGGGUUACCGUCUGUAUCAACAGGUGGUGGUUUUGUUAGUCCAAAUAUGGGGAAGGCUGUGGAGGACAUAGAAAUGGGCAGGAAAGCAGUGUGGGUAGAUGCAGGGUCUGGGGCUGAUCAUUGCGGAGGGCAACUUAGCAAUAAUGAUGGAACAAACUUUAAAGAUGGUGGAUUAGUUGAAACUUCCCCAGAUCUAAGGACUACUGUAGAUGAGGGAGAUCGUGCUGGAAUUCAUCAUCCCAGGCGCUCCAGUUGGGGAAGGAAAAGUGGAAGCUGGGAAAUGUCACCUGAAGUUCUUGCUUUGUCGUCUAGAAUGGGGGAAGCAAACCGAAUGAGUGGGACUAGUAGUAAGUUGGCGACCUCUCGACCUGCAGAACCAAAGGUGUGACAGAUAAGAUAGAAUUGCAAAUGGAGAGAGAAUUGUUUGGUGGGUGUGAAGCAGGUUGUUUGAGGUAUGAUGCUUGGUCAUUCAAUAUCCACGUUAUUUUUGUGCAUUAUGUGGGACUUGCUUUGGCGGAUGUUAAAAAAAAAAAACAAAAAGUGUUGGUUUGGGGUGGCCGACUGUGUGGGACUUGGUUUGUCGGUUUGACCGUUGUGCUUUAGGAAAGAAUGAAUGGUGUGGUCGUGUGGGAGUUAAGAGAGUUACUUUCUUCAGUCCUGAUUUUGUACUGCAUUUGUGGAAUUAGUUAGUUUCCAAUUUGUGCUCCCUUUUUCUCUC